CCGCCUCUCCCAUUCCCAUUCCUUUCCUUUCCUGAUCAGUUCACGCCGCCAGCGCCGCCGAUUCGACCCCCGGAUCUCGCCGCCCGCCAUGGAUUUGCCCAACCGAGUUGCUCCACAUGGUUCCCCCGGACGAAGCCCCAACCCCAGGGAGAUGGCGACGGCGACCAGGGCCGUGGAGGCCGACGAGAACGCGACCCCGCGGCGUCCCGCGCCGGCGGCGAGGUCCGCGUCCCCGCAGAGGAAGAAGGUCCUGGGGGAGCGGAACAGCGGCGACAGCCGCAGCCGCGGGGAUGGCUCCUCGGCGCAGCCUAAGCCGCCCGCCCCUAGCCCUAACCCUACCCCGGCGUCCCCCACCGGCCGCGCGGGGCCGUACGACCCGAAGACGAACUGCACCACGCCGCGCCCCGAGUUCCUGCGCUACGACCCCAAGCGGAGCGCCGAGAUCCUCCUCCGCCUCGAGCGCGAGGCCGCGGAGGAGGAGCAUGAGCUCUCCGGCGUCACCUCGGGCACCGAGAUCUCCGAGCCGGUCUCCUCCGGCUCGUCGGCCAGGGACAGCGACUCCGAGUGCGACGAGGAGGAGGAGGAGGCGGUGGUGCCGGCGCGGGGGCGCGGCUGGGCGCGGCGGCUGUUCCUCCUUCUCGUCUCCGCGGCCUGCCUGCUCUGCUACGUCUACUGUAUGAGUUCCUCCCCUCCCUUCCCCGCUACUACCCUCGAUUUCGUCGGAUGGAACGGGAGCGCGCAUGGUGUGGGCGGUCAUGAAGUGUUUUCUCUUCCGGGGCCAGUUGACAUGAUGGGUUUAGAGGAUGGACCUGAAGCAAUUGUGUGCCGGGACAGUGAAGAUGGCAUCCCUUUGCGCGGGCCAGGAGGUUCUCCUAGCAAAUUCAUGGCAGUUGCGAUGAUGGGCAUGGCAGAUGCUUGCCCCAACGUUCCUCUCGGAGAAUUUUCAUGCCAAAUUGGGGAUGAGAGCACUGAGAACGUGGAUGUCCUCAAGGAAGAUUCUGAAACAGGCGAGCUGAAAUCAGAGGCGGUAACAGGUGGAGAUGACCUUGAGGAUUCCUUCGGUUCCACCCACAGCCAUGAUACCAGCAUGGAAGAAGGAUCACUUCACCACGAGAAAGCGGAAGAUGAUUCAGAGCACUCCAUGGAGAAAACUAUGGAACCAGAGAGUCUGAAGGUGGAGAACGACGACGAGGAGCUCCACUCGCUGGAGUAUGGGAACACAGCAGGAGCUGCCAGGCAACUCAUUCAUAUGGGGAAAAAACUCUGGCCUGCAGUGGAACCUCAUUUGCUGAAGAUGCUGGCAUGCCUGUCUGUUGCAGCAGCCUUUGUGACUGCUAUGCUCCUCAAGUAUUCCCGAAGAUCUCGUAAGGCCAAUGUGCCCGUGUCAAGACGUACACCCUCAGCUCCACCAGCGCGAGUGCCAGUCCUAGCUCCUCAUAGUGUUGCACAGCCGACUGUGUUUCGUUCGGAGCAACCUGUGCAUCGGCCAAUGCCCAAACCAGAGCCCUCUUCCUGUUUGGAGCUUCCUGUGCAAUCGGUGUUAACCAGGCCAGAUCCACCUGCCAGCCUUAAUGUUCCUUCAGUUGGUCAUGGGAACCGUGAUCAGAUGAUUCAGCAGGGGGAUGGUGGCAUCGUAAGGGCUUCAGAUGACAAGUCGAUGCCACCAGUGGUCCAAUUGCUUGGAGAGUUCUCAUAUGUGGAUACAGGCAGCUCAAGAGGGAGGCCUGUCAAAGACUCCAGUCAGCAUGGUGGAGAUAUCAGGGUUCAGGAAUCGACGCCUCCCAGAAAGGAUGUGGUCAGGAUGCAAAAGGAAUCUGACAAAGCUCCAAGCCCUGGUAUUCAAGCAGCACUAAAGAAGGAGAGCGCAGCAGAAGAAGAGAAGAUUGAUGCUACACCAACUCCGCUGAGACGUUCAAGUCGCCUCCGUAAAAAGCCUUCUCCGUGAGCAAGACAAACAUAAUGCAUUUUGUUGAUGGCAGAUGUUGAUUCUUCCUGGUGCCGGGAGUUUUGGGAGACAUCACCUAGUUGUAACCCAACACAAUCUAGCUUUUGUGCUGUAGCUGAAACAAGUUAUUGUAAAAGACCUGCAGUGUGCUUGGUUUUCCAAAAAAAACUGUAGAUUCUGCAUUUGACAUAUGACGCCUUUGUACUCUGUAGCUGCGCAUAUUAUGCGUGUAAUGGUAGAACAUAGAUUGCUGGUUGUAUAUUGGACACAUUGGUCAGCAUCUAGCUAUUGGUCUCUGAAUUAUAUGGUUAAUGGUGUAAUUUCUGCAA